ACAUCCGGGAAACCUGCAGUGGAGUGCGGCGGCGGCGACACUGAGUGGAAGGCAAAAUGGCGGCGGCGGCGGUGGCCUGGUGUUAAGGGGAGAGCCAGGUCCUCGCGACCCCUGGGACGGGCCGCGCUGGCCCGCGGCAGCCCCCCCGUUCGUCUCCCCGCUCUGCCCCACUAGGGAUACUUGGGGUUGCUGGGACGGACUCUGGCCGCCUCAGCGUCCGCCCUCAGGCCCGUGGCCGCUGUCCAGGAGCUCUGCUCUCCCCUCCAGAGUUAAUUAUUUAUAUUGUAAAGAAUUUUAACAGUCCUGGGGACUUCCUUGAAGGAUCAUUUUCACUUGUGCUCAGAAGAAAGCUCUGGAUCUAUCAAAUAAAGAAGUCCUUCGUGUGGGCUACAUAUAUAGAUGUUUUCAUGAAGAGGAGUGAAAAGCCAGAAGGAUAUAGACAAAUGAGGCCUAAGACCUUUCCUGCCAGUAACUAUACUGGCAGUAGCCGGCAGAUGUUACAAGAAAUUCGGGAAUCCCUUAGGAAUUUAUCUAAACCAUCUGAUGCUGCUAAGGCUGAGCAUAACAUGAGUAAAAUGUCAACCGAAGAUCCUCGACAAGUCAGAAAUCCACCCAAAUUUGGGACGCAUCAUAAAGCCUUGCAGGAAAUUCGAAACUCUCUGCUUCCAUUUGCAAAUGAAACAAAUUCUUCUCGGAGUACAUCAGAAGUUAAUCCACAGAUGCUUCAAGACUUGCAAGCUGCUGGAUUUGAUGAGGAUAUGGUUAUACAAGCUCUUCAGAAAACUAACAACAGAAGUAUAGAAGCAGCAAUUGAAUUCAUUAGUAAAAUGAGUUACCAAGAUCCUCGACGAGAGCAGAUGGCUGCAGCAGCUGCCAGACCUAUUAAUGCCAGCAUGAAACCAGGGAAUGUGCAACAAUCAGUUAACCGCAAACAGAGCUGGAAAGGUUCUAAAGAAUCCUUAGUUCCUCAGAGGCAUGGCCCGCCACUAGGAGAAAGUGUGGCCUAUCAUUCUGAGAGUCCCAACUCACAGACAGAUGUAGGAAGACCUUUGUCUGGAUCUGGUAUAUCAGCAUUUGUUCAAGCUCACCCUAGCAACGGACAGAGAGUGAACCCCCCACCACCACCUCAAGUAAGGAGUGUUACUCCUCCACCACCUCCAAGAGGCCAGACUCCCCCUCCAAGAGGUACAACUCCACCUCCCCCUUCAUGGGAACCAAACUCUCAAACAAAGCGCUAUUCUGGAAACAUGGAAUACGUAAUCUCCCGAAUCUCUCCUGUCCCACCUGGGGCAUGGCAAGAGGGCUAUCCUCCACCACCUCUCAACACUUCCCCCAUGAAUCCUCCUAAUCAAGGACAGAGAGGCAUUAGUUCUGUUCCUGUUGGCAGACAACCAAUCAUCAUGCAGAGUUCUAGCAAAUUUAACUUUCCAUCAGGGAGACCUGGAAUGCAGAAUGGUACCGGACAAACUGAUUUCAUGAUACACCAAAAUGUUGUCCCUGCUGGCACUGUGAAUCGGCAGCCACCACCUCCAUAUCCUCUGACAGCAGCUAAUGGACAAAGCCCUUCUGCUUUACAAACAGGGGGAUCUGCUGCUCCUUCAUCAUAUACAAAUGGAAAUAUUCCUCAGUCUAUGAUGGUGCCAAACAGAAAUAGUCAUAACAUGGAACUAUAUAACAUUAGUGUACCUGGACUGCAAACAAAUUGGCCUCAGUCAUCUUCUGCUCCAGCCCAGUCAUCCCCGAGCAGUGGACAUGAAAUCCCUACAUGGCAACCUAACAUACCAGUGAGGUCAAAUUCUUUUAAUAACCCAUUAGGAAAUAGAGCAAGUCACUCUGCUAAUUCUCAGCCUUCCGCUACAACAGUCACUGCAAUUACACCAGCUCCUAUUCAACAGCCUGUGAAAAGUAUGCGUGUAUUAAAACCAGAGCUACAGACUGCUUUAGCACCUACACACCCUUCUUGGAUACCACAGCCAAUUCAAACUGUUCAACCCAGUCCUUUUCCUGAGGGAACCGCUUCAAAUGUGACUGUGAUGCCACCUGUUGCUGAAGCUCCAAACUAUCAAGGACCACCACCACCCUACCCAAAACAUCUGCUGCACCAAAACCCAUCUGUUCCUCCAUACGAGUCAAUCAGUAAGUCUAGCAAAGAGGAUCAGCCAAGCUUGCCCAAGGAAGAUGAGAGUGAAAAGAGUUAUGAAAAUGUUGAUAGUGGGGAUAAAGAAAAGAAACAGAUUACAACUUCACCCAUUACUGUUAGGAAAAACAAGAAAGAUGAAGAGCGAAGGGAAUCUCGUAUUCAAAGUUAUUCUCCUCAAGCAUUUAAAUUCUUUAUGGAGCAACAUGUAGAAAAUGUACUCAAAUCUCAUCAGCAGCGUCUACAUCGUAAAAAACAAUUAGAGAAUGAAAUGAUGCGGGUUGGAUUAUCUCAAGAUGCCCAGGAUCAAAUGAGAAAGAUGCUUUGCCAAAAAGAAUCUAAUUACAUCCGUCUUAAAAGGGCUAAAAUGGACAAGUCUAUGUUUGUGAAGAUAAAGACACUAGGAAUAGGAGCAUUUGGUGAAGUCUGUCUAGCAAGAAAAGUAGAUACUAAGGCUUUGUAUGCAACAAAAACUCUUCGAAAGAAAGAUGUUCUUCUUCGAAAUCAAGUCGCUCAUGUUAAAGCUGAGAGAGAUAUCCUGGCUGAAGCUGACAAUGAAUGGGUAGUUCGUCUAUAUUAUUCAUUCCAAGAUAAGGACAAUUUAUACUUUGUAAUGGACUACAUUCCUGGGGGUGAUAUGAUGAGCCUGUUAAUUAGAAUGGGCAUCUUUCCAGAAAAUCUGGCACGAUUCUACAUAGCAGAACUUACCUGUGCAGUUGAAAGUGUUCAUAAAAUGGGUUUUAUUCAUAGAGAUAUUAAACCUGAUAAUAUUUUGAUUGAUCGUGAUGGUCAUAUUAAAUUGACUGACUUUGGCCUCUGCACUGGCUUCAGAUGGACACACGAUUCUAAGUACUAUCAGAGUGGUGACCAUCCACGGCAAGAUAGCAUGGAUUUCAGUAAUGAAUGGGGGGAUCCCUCAAGCUGUCGAUGUGGAGACAGACUGAAGCCAUUAGAGCGGAGAGCUGCACGCCAGCACCAGCGAUGUCUAGCACAUUCUUUGGUUGGGACUCCCAAUUAUAUUGCACCUGAAGUGUUGCUACGAACAGGAUACACACAGUUGUGUGAUUGGUGGAGUGUUGGUGUUAUUCUUUUUGAAAUGUUGGUGGGACAACCUCCUUUCUUGGCACAAACACCAUUAGAAACACAAAUGAAGGUUGAGAACAAGGCAGGAAUGUCCAUUCUCAUCAAUUCUGUGUUCUGGAAUCUCAGCCAGCAUAAUACAGCAAUGAAAAGAAAUAAAAGGGCUGGGCGCGGUAGCUCAUGCCUGUAAUCCUAGCACUUUGGUUAUCAACUGGCAAACAUCUCUUCACAUUCCACCACAAGCUAAACUCAGUCCUGAAGCUUCUGAUCUUAUUAUUAAACUUUGCCGAGGACCCGAAGAUCGCUUAGGCAAGAAUGGUGCUGAUGAAAUAAAAGCUCAUCCAUUUUUUAAAACAAUUGAUUUCUCCAGUGACCUGAGACAGCAAUCUGCUUCAUACAUUCCUAAAAUCACACACCCAACAGAUACAUCAAAUUUUGAUCCUGUUGAUCCUGAUAAAUUAUGGAGUGAUGAUAACGAGGAAGAAAAUGUAAAUGACACUCUCAAUGGAUGGUAUAAAAAUGGAAAGCAUCCUGAACAUGCAUUCUAUGAAUUUACCUUCCGAAGGUUUUUUGAUGACAAUGGCUACCCAUAUAAUUAUCCGAAGCCUAUUGAAUAUGAAUACAUUAAUUCACAAGGCUCAGAGCAGCAGUCGGAUGAAGAUGAUCAAAACACAGGCUCAGAGAUUAAAAAUCGCGAUCUAGUAUAUGUUUAACACACUAGUAAAUAAAUGUAAUGAGGAUUUGUAGAAGGGCCUGAAAUGCGAGGUGUUUUGAGGUUCUGAGAGUAAAAUUAUGCAAAUAUGACAGAGCUAUAUAUGUGUGCUCUGUGUACAAUAUUUUAUUUUCCUAAAUUAUGGGAAAUCCUUUUAAAAUGUUAAUUUAUUCCAGCCAUUUAAAUCAGUAUUUAGAAAAAAAUUGUUAUAAGGAAAGUAAAUUAUGAACUGAAUAUUAUAGUCAGUUCUUGGUACUUAAAGUACUUAAAAUAAGUAGUGCUUUGUUUAAAAGGAGAAACCUGGUAUCUAUUUGUAUAUAUGCUAAAUAAUUUUAAAAUACAAGAGUUUUUGAAAUUUUUUUGAAAGACAGUUUUAGUUUUAUCUUGCUUUAACCAAAUAUGAAACAUACCCCGUAUUUUACAGAGCUCUUUUUUCCCCUCAUAACCUUGUUUUUGGUAGAAAAUAAGCUAGAGAAAUUAAGCCAUCGUGUUGGUGAGUGUUCCUAGGCUAAUGAUAAUCUGUAUAAUUCACAUCCUGAAACUAAGGAAUACAGGGUUGAAAAAAUAUUAAUAUGUUUGUCAGAAGGAAAAAUAAUGCAUUUAUCUUCCCCCCCACCCCCCGCCCCGUGGAAUAUUUAAUCUAUUUAAUCUUCUUGCAUUUAUUUCUCAAGAAUUACUGGCUUUAAAAGAAGCCAAAGCACUACUAGCUUUUUUUCCAUAUUGGUAUUUUUGAUGCUGCUUCCAAUUUUAAAAGGGAACAAAGCUGCCAUAAAUUGAAAUGUUCAAUACUAAAAGCUAAAAUAUUUCUCACCAUCCUAAGCAGAUAAUUAUUUUAAUUUUCAUAUACUUUUCCUGUAUAGUAACUAUUUUGAUUAUAUCAUCAAUGUUACCUGUUUCCUCUUUCAGAACAGUGCUGCAUAUACAGAUUGUUAUUGGCAAAGGAAAAUCUGGCUAUCUGGCAAUAUUUUACCUAAGGGCAGAUUAAUUGGUGAAAAAAUUAACUCUUAAGAUGGCCAUUAAUAAUUAGGAAAGUUUACAGAGUGGUCUUAGUAGAAAAUUCAAGUCCUCCUAAUUUAUUUAAGGUUCAAUAAUGCGUUCAACAUGCCUAUUAUGUAUAACGCUUAGGUUCUAAGGAAGAUUAAGGUUUCAUACCAAAAUACAUGUAGCUUAUCUUUUAGGAAGGGGAAAAAGGCUCUAUUUUGACCAUAGUAAAAUUUGUGUUGUAUUUUAUUUCCUUUUCUUAAGCUCCACUGAUAAGGGAUUGUUUUUAUCAAAAGUUACUAUUUGUAGAUUGGAGGCAUAAUUUUAGUGAUUUUCAUACUUUUAGCUUUCUUCGCAUAAAAGCUAAUUGAAACCGUAUAUGUAGUAAAAUUAAAGGCAGAGCUGUUGCAGUUGAAUUGGAGAGUCAGGGCAAAGAACACUUAUUAGCCCACACUUCCCACCUUUCUACAGGUGGUCCUUUCAGAGCUCAGCCUGAAAACCCACUACUGUGUUAUCGUGGGUCUUUUGGGGUUAGUGGUUCUUUUGAGAAUCUGAAGGAAGCUGUGGACUCUUCCUAGAAAAAAAAAACAACAACACAUACACAUACAAUGUUGCAUGCAGUUUCAAGGGAUUUUGGACAUAUUGAAACCUAUCACAGGCUGUAGGUUAUGGACCUCUGUGCCAUGAGAAAAUUGAUACAUUAAACUAAGAACUUUGUUUUUAACUUACCAAUCACUACUCAGCACAUCUUAUAUAAGCUGAUAAUUUGUGAUGGAAAAGGUCUGUAGCAUGUGAUAUAAGGUGACCUUAUGAAUGCCUCUCUUGCUGGUACAUUAAGUUGUUUUAAUAUGUCAUUUGGAGGGGACUGAAAUGUUAGGCUCAUUACAAGCUUGAUACAGAAAUAUUUCUGAAGGAUUUCUAAUCAGAAUUGUAAAACAAUGUACUAUCAUGAAAUCGCAGUCUUCACCUCAUGGUUCAUGGAACAUUUGGUUAGUCCCAUAAAAUCCUAUGCAAAACAAAGUAGUUCAAGAAUUUUUAGGUGGGUACUCACAUUUAUAAGGUAUUCCUCUUACUCUUUGGGCUUUUUCAGUCUGAUUUAUUUAAAUUUUCAUUAGUUGUUUUACUUUUGGACUAAGGUGCAAUACAGUAGAAAAUAACUUUGUUACAUUUAUGUUGUAGGAAAACUAAGGUGCUGUCUCCUCCCCCUUCCCUUCCCACAAAAUCUGUAUUCUCCCUAUUGCUGAAAUGUAACAGACACUACAAAUUUUGUAUUCUUUUUUUGUUUUUUGUUUUGAGACAGGGUCUCACUCUGUCACCCAGGCUGGAGGGCAGUGGCGCUUCACAGCUCACUGCAUCCUCAACCUUGGGGGCUCACGCAGUCCUCCCGCCUCAGCCUCCCAAGUAGCUGGGCAUGCGCCACCAAGCCCAGCUAAUUUUUGUAUCUUUAGUAGAGGUGGGGUUUCACCAUGUUGCCCAGGUUGGUGUGGAAUUCCUGGGCUCCAGUUAUAUGCCCACCUCAGCCUCCCAAAGUGCUGGGAUUACAGACGUGACCCACCGCGCCUGGCGCAAAUGUGUAUUCUUUUAAAAUUUCCUCUGAUACUAUAAGCUUUUUGCAUUUAUCUGAAGCAGUAUACAUGCCUUUGGUAUCAGCAAUUUUAACAGUUUGGAUAUACUUAUCAGCUAUCUUAUUCCAAAACUACAUCUACUUCUUCCAGUAUAGAAUCUGGUGCUUCCUGACCAAAAAGAUGAGAAAAACAAUGUUAAAAAUAUAGAUGCUUUCCAUUGAAAUGGAGUGAAAACAUUGGUCCUAUAUGUUUUCUUUUAAAAUAAUUUUCUUAUUAAAAACUUGCUGUCUUUAUUAUACUUACCCUUUUUAUGCAUAUCAAUAGUAUUUAUAAGAUGUGUUCUAUAAUUAUGUAAUUGUAGAUACUGUUAUGUAUUGUCCAGUGACAUCACAAGGCAGGCCCUACUGCUGUAUCUUUUCUACCUUCUUAUUUGUAAUAGAAACUAUAGAAUGUAUGACUAAAAAGUCACUUUGAGAUUGACUUUUUUAAAAAGUUAUUACCUUCUGCUGUUGCAAAGUGCAAAACUGUGAGUGGAAUUGUUUUAUUCUGACUUAAUGUGUUAGAAAUUAGAGAAUACAGUGGGAGGAUUUUUAGACAUUGCUGCUGCUGUUACCCAAGGUAUUUUAGAUAAAAAAUUUUUAAUAAACAUCCCUUUGGUAUUUAAAGUGGAACAUUUAGCCUGUUUUAAUCUAAAGCAAAAAGUAAUUUGGGUCAAAAUAUUGGUAUAUUUGUAAAGCGCCUUAAUAUAUCCCUUUGUGGAAGGCACUACACAGUUUACUUUUAUAUUGUAUUGUGUAUAUAAGUAUUUUGUAUUAAAAUUGAAUCAGAGGCAACAUUAAAGUUUUAUAAAAUCAUGCUUUGUUAGAAAAAGAAUUACAGCUUUGCAAUAUAACUGUUUCGCAUAAUUCUGAAUGUAAUAGAUAUGAAUAAUCAGCCUGUGUUUUUAAUGAACUUAUUUGUAUUUUCCCAAUCAUUUUCUCUAGUGUAAUGUUUGCUGGGAUAAUAAAAAAAAUUCAAAUCUUUCAA